CCUCCUGCUAAUAUACUUCGUGACGUUAGUGCAGUGCGAGUUGAGAAGUGAAGUGAAUCAUUGGAGGCACGUACGGGCCCCCAUUCGGCAUGGCCGUUCCCGGGCUCAUCUCAUGAGGCAGCACGUGAGGUCCCGGGACAUGGUGCAAGUCAUUGAAGCUGAGACCAGCAGUGAAUUAGAGGGCAUAGACAAAUCUGGGGAGGAUCCAGUUGUGUCUGCUUUGAGACCCUACGGCGCGCCAGAUGAAGUAGACAAAGAAACACCACCAGAUACAUUCCAGAAGUAUUUCGGAAAUUUUUCUGGACCAGUGUACCAUAUAGGCGAAGAGAACGAUUUUUUAUCGGAGCAUAUGAUUAGUUAUAAAUCUGAUAGUAAUGAAACACAGAGGAUAAUGGUCGAAGAUUAUAACAUAGAUUCAACUAGUAGUUUAAAUAAUGAUACCUACGACGUGAAUACGACAACAGUGAAAGCUGUACAUGAAGACGUUGUAACUAAAUUCCUAAGAUUAAUUGAAACACAACAUUUACUAGGUGAAAACUGUACAGCUGGAACGCAUUUGAAUUUAGGUGAAGGAGUUGUAGACAGAUACGCUCAAGAGAGAUUUAGAGUUGAAGCUGACGUUGCUGUGAAUAGAGCAAAUAUGUUAACAAGAUUAUGGAAAUACGCGGGACCUGCCGUAAUGCAUAAUGAAUACUUGUUACACGCAAGUGUUUUUUCAAUGGUUGAGUUUGACGACGACGUAUUCGGCGCUGGGAAUUGCUACGAUCAGUAUCAAUAUAAGGAUUAUCAACUGUUCUGCCCUUUUGCGUAUCGCUUGCCCGAGGGGCCAGUGUUAGCUAAGGAUCUUGCGGUAGAAUACAAAUAUUUGAGCAACACGUCCGAGUGGUUCUACAUCGCCCGAAAGAAUGCCGAGCGCGUGAUACGAAACAAUAAUCAGUUUAAGCGAGGUUACAACACGUACACAUAUAACGACACCGUGCACACGGAGAGAGAGGAAGACGAGAUUCUGGCGGUGACCUACGAGGACGGCAAGUGGUCAAAGCCGUACUACGACUGCGGAGGUGGAAACAUAUGGAUGCUCACCUACACCGUCCCUUUCUUUGGAUAUAACAAUGGAACGUAUUUUUUUAAAGGAACGAGUGGUAUCGACAUAGAUCUCCGGCGGGUAGACAUCGACCAAUGCCCACUCCGGUCAGGCUCCACCCAGCUCAAUAUAUUCGCUGCAACAGACAAGUGUAAGGAGGCGACAACUGAGUGUGUAUCCGUUUCCGGUUUGGGGUUUCGCCGGGGCUCGUACCGGUGUGUGUGCAAACGAGGCUUCUACUUCCCCAACACCACAGCAGAGAACCGCUACUACAACGGGAGUGUCAUUGAAGAGGAAUAUGAGAAACAUUUGCUGCAUCAGCCCAGCCUGUACUCUCAGCCAGCUGCGUUUGAGUGUUCACCGUGCGCAGAGGGCUGUGAAGCCUGUGAUGAUGGUUCACCCUGCGUGGCCGCACUCAACUGGGUUGCACGUACUACGAUUUUCGUACUAGCUUGCCUGGUCAUUUCCUGCCUGCCAUUCAUUGUCUACUUCACUAUCAAAUACGCUCAUGUCAGGGUGGUUCGUGCAGCCAGCCCAGCUCUCUUAAGGGUCAUAGUGCUGGGAGCCUUCCUCAUCUUCUGCACAACGCUGGUAAUGUACGGCCGCCCUACUGUGUUCACAUGUACAGCCAGGGUCUGGCUGAGGGAAGUUGGGUUCUGCUUGACAUACGGAGCCUUGAUGUUGAAGACAUGGAGAAUUUCGGUGAUAUUUCAAGUUCGUUCAGCGAAGGCCGUGAAGAUAUCGGACAUGUAUCUGUUGCGUCGCAUCAGUGUGAUAGUUGGUGUAGCCUGCGUCCUGCUGUCAAUACGCACGAUGGUGGCGCCACCUACUGUCAUUGUUGGCAGAACCAAAGAUGAUCUAAAGGCGUACCUUUGUAGAACGGAUUGGUGGGACCACUCAUUCACUACACUUGAAGUAAUAUUUCUUAUGUGGGGCAUCCGCCUGUGUAUCAUGGUGCGAAAGGCCCCCUCGGAGUUCAACGAGAGCCGGUUCAUCUCCAUGGCUAUCUAUAACGAGUUCCUUCUGUCUGUAUUCCUCAAUAUAUCCAUGUUAUUCCUUCAAUCUCCCGCCAACCCAGAUCUCUUAUACAUAAUAUUCUUCUGCCAUACGCAACUCACUGUCACCCUGUUGCUGUGCUUUAUAUUUGGAAGUAAGGCGUACAUGGUCUUCAAGGGUCACGGCAAGGAUGAGAAGGAGAAAACCGGAAAAUUCAGAUCGAAGCCAGCUGAGUCGACUUACAUCAUGACGACCAACAAGAACACGCGCUUCUGCGAUUCAGUUAUCACUGAGAAGGAUUUAGAGGAGGAGUUAAGAAAGAUACACGACGACCUGAUAAUUUUGAGAGAUCGAUGCUUGCCAGCCCAUCAAACAAUGAGGAAAAUUAACGCUAUGGUCGAAGCUGCUGCAGCAUAUGACCGAAAAGCUGUAGACUCAGGCCCGUUAAAGCUAAACACUGUAUUCAGUGCGGUUGCCGACAGACUUAUGUGUACUGUUACUCCAGCUGAAGAAUCUAGCAGCAGCGGUAGAGAUAUCACCUUCGACCCACCACCUACCCAUAAACAUAAACAAUUCAUUUCCAAAAGCGUUGAAACCAGUAUUGCUGAACAAAGUCAAACUGACGUAACUACAGACUCUCCAAAGCGAAGAACAGACUUAAAUGAAGAGAGCACAGAAGUACAAAAUGGUGUUUUCAAAAUAUCUGGUGAGGCAAACUGUGGUGAUAUACGACCACCAGAAGUGAACAGUAAUUGUUAUAAGUGUGACAAAAGUGAAAAGAGUGAUAAGAAUGAGAUUAAAACAAGUCCCAAUUCUGAUGUUAGGAGUGUGAGGUCGGGUCACGCUAGGACUCAUGCCAUAGUUAUAAACUUGGACGAUAAAAGUCGUUUCACCGAAGAAGUCACUGUUUGAAGACUGUACUUAUUUUCCACUCGUUUUGAAUGUCUUUGUGAAGUUUGCGAAUGUAAAAGUUGUUUUCGAUGACACUAUGCUCAGCGAAGCAGAUCUUUUUAACUAGACGAAGCUUGAUUAUAAUUUUGAAAUUUUAUCUAAAUCUAGAAGUU